AUGAGCACCUCACGAGACAAAUCAAAACGAAGUGUGGGACGACGGAGUACCAAAGCGUGUGAUACCUGCCACCGGAGAGGACGAAAAUGUCAGGUCGACCGAGAGCCGGCGAUUUGCUUGUUCUGCCGCCAUAACGGCUUAGCCUGUACAUGGAACCGGGUGCCUGCCAAACGAGGACCGAAACCAAAGAACAGUAAAAGUGACGAAAAGAGGCCUUGUAACUCGGCAACAAAUGACCAUCCCAAGACCGCAUGGGUUCUCGACGAAGCAGUACACGGGUCCAGGGUAACGUUGACGACAUUAAUCCGCUCAUACUUUGAUUUUGUUUAUCCUAUCAGCAACGACAGAUCGAAUUAUGUUCACGAACAGACAUUUAUGGAGCGGUGGACAAGCCAGCAGAUGCCGAGUUCGAAGGCGUCGUAUGGUCUACUCAUGGCCAUGUGUUCUCUGGCCGCGUACCGCAUUCAAAAGGGAAUCGCACCGGCUACGGUCGGGUUUGCUCGCCAUCUGAAACCGCAAGUGUAUCUGCAGGAGGCCAUAUCAUCCGUCGACUUAUCACUUGCUGUGCAGAAGCAGACAGAAGAGCUCCAGGCAGUGGCUCUUUUGUGCGUGACCGGCCUCGAGAAGGGUGAUGCAGCCUUGCUCCAGCAAUAUCUUGGACUCUACCACGCGACUGUGGCCAACCAGAGCUUGUAUGACGAGAAUAGGUGGCCGCCCAGCAUGCACGAUAUGGAAAAGGAGCAACGGAGGCGAUUGUACUGGUACAUGUACCGUCUCGAAGUUCACACGGCUCUUGUCAUGGGCCAUCCUGUCCGCUGCCCCGAGCUCGAAUCGCUAGUCGCCUAUCCCCAGAUUCCCGACUUUGACCGUUUCGGUGGCAAUUACGGUGAAGGAUCUGAAGCAAUAAACGACAAUGAUGAGGUGGAGUGGCUUACUGGGUGGAACUUUGUUACGGACUUAUACCGGGGGCUAGAGCAUCUAUUGGCCAAGUUCCGGCCCCGGCGGCUCUCCACGCACCAUAGCCGAAUUGGCCCCGGCUCGACCUUGCCGACGGUGUUCCUCAUCGACUUCGACCCCGAAUCCAAGAUUCUAAUGCCACUCAAAGCUGCAUUAAAUAAACUGCCUAUUCGUUUCAGGCACGCUCAACCGCUGUCAUCCAAUGUAUCUCUGAAUCGGUGCGGAUUCCAGGCGACAAACAUCGUUUGCACGUAUCAGCUGGUCCGUAUUAUGGUCUAUGCGUUCAGCAAAGCAACAUUCAGCCAGGCUUGUCGCACUGCUAUCGACCUAGUUGAAGACAUGGCCUCGAUUCCAAUGGAUUAUCUAAAAUGGACAACGCUUGCUGCGACACAAGAACUCUCAGGCAUUGGCCACAUGUUGUGGCAGUUCAUGCGUCAGGAUCUAGUUACAGCGGAUUACCAUGAGCUGAGAAGUGCCCUACUCUGCAUCAAGGAAUAUCUGGAGAGCCUGCAGUCCAGUUUCACGUAUGUGCGGCGUGCCAGCAUGCGCAUGGGAAAGUAUGUAGAGGAGAUCGACCAGGUGUUGCUCUCGCGAGAGCGAGAGCAUACCCAUCAACAAGACUCAUGCAUCCAAAAAGACGAUGGAAUGAAACAGCAGCAGUCAAAUAUGCCGUUUCCGGACCAGGAUACCUCUCAUGCCUGGCGAGACGUAUUCAGCGACUAA